AUGGCGCGGCUGCCGAACCUGGUGCUGCCGUGGGUGCCGAGUCCGAACGAGCGAGGGUCGUCGAGCGACCUGCCCACUCCCGAGAUUCGAGACGACGUGCUGCGAGCCAGGGUGAAGGAAGCGCAGCAGACGGCGGCGAGUGCGCGCGUGGGGUGGGCGGUGCUGCACGUGGUGGUGCCGGCGUCGCUGCUGCUGCUCAACACGUCGCUCGCGCAGGCCCUUGUGCAGCAGCCUGUGGGGGCGGAAGCGGUGUGCUACGGGGUGCUCUUCCUCGCCACGCUGCUGCAGUACCUCUACACGUCCGGCUCCUCGCCUGGUCCUCCCCAUCCUGCGUGGUGGUGCCCCUGCCCCCUCCCAGGGGGAAAGGGGGGUGGCGAGGGGGGCAGGGGGGAGUCUGGUCUGCACUCUCAACCCCUUCCACUUGCUCCCAGCGCUGCGCACCCCCAUGGGCCCUGGGCCCUGCUCGCGCCCUGCCUGCCAGGCUGCCGGUGGUGUGGGCACGUGGGGUGCAGGUGGUGCGGGGACAGGGGGUGCCGCUGGUGUGGCGACGGGGCGGAUGCACCGUGCGAUGACGUGGAGAGAGGGGCGGAGGCUGCAGAGGGAGAGGGGGAGGGGGAGGGGCGCAGCUGCUGUGGGGCACGGGCGUGGGGUGCUGCGAGGGUGGGAAAUAAGGGAGAUGGGGGAGAAGAGGGGGAGGGAGGGGGUGUUGAAGGGAGGGAUGGAGAGGCGAGAUUGUUGCUGCUGCCGCUGCCAGCACAGCCAUCUCGACUCACAGCAGCGCAGUCAAACUUCCUCGUCUCCCAAUUCAGCAGUGCGCGGCGGUGGUGCCCGUACUGCCGGGUGCAGCAGCCGGUGCGCGCCAAGCACUGCUACGACUGCGGCCGCUGUGUGCUGCGCUUCGACCACCACUGCUUCUGGGUCUCCACCUGCAUCGGCCUGCGCAACCACGCCCGCUUCUGGGUGUACCUGGUGUUGGAGUGCUGCCUCACGUGGUGGUCGCUCAUCAUCUGCCUCUCCGCCUUCACCGCCCCCGUCUCACCCAACCACUGGCUGGAGCACCAGCUGUCAGCGCUGGCGUUCACGGCGCUGCUGCUGCCGCUCGCCGUGUUCCUCGCCAUCCUCGUGUGCUUCCACACGCACCUCAUUCUCACGGCACAGACAACAUAUGAAGCCACCAGGAAGCAUCGCAUCUCCUAUCUGCG